AUGGUGGCCGGAGUUGAUAUGAGCGAUAAGAACGCCUGGGAUGAUUCGUUUCUGCAGGAUUCCUGGAACGAUGCCGUGGCCGAAUAUGAGAAGUAUCACAGUAUUGCCAAAUCUGGCAAGCGCCUGGAAGACGUCUUGACCGAGGAAGAACUGAAAAAAUUGCGCGAGGACCACGGCGACUUGAUAGGUGAGGCAGAAGCAACCCCUCAGGCUGUGGCCGAGGCGAACGGCAACUCGGAUCAGAUGGACACUGAAGACUCAAUGCAAGAGACGGAGGAAGUCGAGAAACUCGCACAGACGAAACUGCAGCAGGAAACAGCAGCAUCCGAAGAACAAAACCAACCCCAGUCAGCAAAUAUGGGUACCACAGCGCCACAUGACACUGCUUUCGCAGCCUCCAUGCCACAGGCAAUCCUUGGGACAGUUCAGGACGAGAAUCUUAAGAAUAUCAUGAUGUCUUGGUACUAUGCUGGGUACUACACAGGCUUGCAUGCGGGACAGCAGCUUCCGAGAGAUGCUCCUCCGAAGCAGUGA